UGGCGAGUUCUGUCCCAUUAAUGACUGUUCCCAAAGUUGUGCCUUACGAUUUCGGCCGACACCUCACCCGACACGACUUCCCCACGGGCUUUCUCUUCGGUGGGGCCACCUCUGCUUAUCAGGUAGAAGGAGCUUAUAAUGUGGGAGGCAGGGGAAUGACUAAUUGGGAUGCUUGGAGUCUUAUGAAGCCUGGUAAAGUGUUGGAUGGCGGCAACGGAUGCCGUGCUAUUGAUCACUAUCAUAACAUCAAGGAAGACGUGAAACUGAUGAAAGACAUGGGGAUAGAGACAUACAGGUUUUCGAUUUCAUGGACCAGAAUUUUGCCUGGUGGACAAUUGAGCACCGGUGUAAACAAGGAAGGCGUCAAGUUCUACAAUGACAUGAUUGACUUAUUAAUUGAAGCAAGAAUUGAGCCAAUUGCUACUAUCUUUCACUUCGAUACUCCGCGAAGCUUGCAAGACGAAAUUUUUUACAUGAUACAAUGUGGGAUGAAUGCGCAGGCUGUCCAAGGAGGCAAGAUAGGCAUUGUAGUUGUACGGUUGUACCUACCAGUUGGUACUUUCCAUUACUCUGAGAAAAAGGAAGAUAAAGAAGCUGCUGUAAGAGCUGUUGAAUUUAUGCUGGGAUGGUUUGUCCAGCCAUUAGUGAGCGGCGAGUAUCCGGACAGCAUUGCAAACGCGCGUGAAAGAGCGGCUGCCCAAGUUUACGGAAAAGGAGAGGAAGAAACUUACAAGAAAAAGCAGCCUCAUGACCCAACAAACUACUAUACAGACCAGGAGGUCGAAUUUCACACUAGUAAAAAUGGAAUUCCAAUUGGCCCUCAGGGGUGGAUGAAAAGAACAAGCAGCAGCUUGGUCCAGAUAGCACUGAAAGACGACUACAGAAUUAAGUACCAUCAGCAACAUCUUGCAUACAUUAAGCGUGCUAUAGAUGAAGAUAAAGUGAAUGUGAAGGGAUAUGCUGUGUGGUCAAUAUUUGACAAUUACGAACGGGCCGCGGGCUGGUACAUGAAUUUCCUCAACAAAAAGAAGCUUCCGGGUCAUUUCUGGAAUCCAAGGAAGUUCACAAGGGUACAAAGGGCC